UUGUUGAUACGUGAGAGAGAAGAGAAGAUGCGGGAGCCGAACUGUGGGUUUUUUCCUGCAGUAUCAGAGGCGUGGACUUUUUGCCGAAAUUGAGAAUUGAGUUUGAGAUCCACGAAACCAAAAAAAGUCAAAUCAUCCAACCAGAACACAAGAAUCAUUGUAUAACAUACACAGAGCAUAAAGGUUGGAUAUUUUGAUUGGGUUUGGUUGAGGAUAGAAAAAAAGAAAGAAAAAAGAAGGUUUUUUUUUUUUAAGUCUUGGUUCAUUCAAGGUGAAUGGUUGGCGGUGGAAAUGGAGAGGGAGCACCACACUCCACGGCGGCGCGUCCCAGAAGUGAUCUCCGCCCACGCGCUACCGCAGAGAGCGUUUUCAACGGCGGGGACACCGCGGGGUAUAGCCCCGAUCCCCUGACUCUGCUUUCUAGCUUGUUCGGCGACGGCGAUGAGUAUAAAUCGUUCUCGGAGUUUCUUGCCGGCGCUAUGAUGGACCCCACCCCUCCUCGGUUCUUUCCCGAUUCAUCUACUCAAGGACACUUUGGAAUGACACAGCAGCAAAUUGAAGCUGAACAUCCAUUCUCUGCAGCAGCACUUCCUGCCACCUCUCUGACACAGCACCUGAUACCACAACCCGCAUCAGUGCCAGCUUCUGUGAUGACAGAAUCCUUUGGUUUUUCUCACUCUGACAAAAAGUUACAGUCUUCCGCUGUCAUUGUUGAGAAGCCUAAUGAUGAUGGCUACAACUGGAGGAAGUAUGGGCAGAAACAUGUAAAGGGUAGUGACUUCUCUCGAAGUUAUUACAAAUGCACACAUCCAAAUUGUCCUGUUAAGAAAAAGCUUGAGCGAUCUCUUGAGGGUCAUGUAACUGCAAUUAUCUACAAAGGAGAGCACAACCAUCAACGUAAGACCACAAAAGGCACCCUAACAACAUCAACUGAGAAUUCAUCAGAUAGGUUGAAAGAAGAGAUGAGUUCUCAGUCGGUGUCUCAGAUGGAUCUAGAAUCUGGAACAAGUGACAGUGAGGAAGUAGGUGAUCAUGAAACUGAAGUGGAUCAGAAAAAUGAUGAACCUGAUCCCAAGAGGAGAAACACAGAAGCCAGAUUCCAGGAUCCAGCCUCUUUGCAUAGAACUGUGGCAGAGCCCAGAAUCAUAGUGCAAACAACAAGUGAAGUGGAUCUGUUGGAUGAUGGAUAUAGAUGGCGCAAAUAUGGGCAGAAAGUUGUCAAAGGAAACCCAUAUCCAAGGAGCUAUUACAAGUGCACGACCCCAGGUUGCAAUGUUCGGAAGCAUGUUGAGAGGGCUUCGACGGAUCCUAAAGCUGUAAUAACAACAUAUGAAGGAAAACAUAAUCAUGAUGUACCAGCAGCUAAGACUAAUAGUCACACACUUGCAAACAAUAGUUCAUCACAGCUGAAACCACAGAAUGCCAUUACUGAUGAGAAGAAGCAUAGUUUCAGUAGCAGAGGUGUUGGGGGCAGUGAGCAACGACCAGUGCCAAGUCUAAGACUGAAGGAAGAACAGAUAACUUAGCUUUUUCUUCCUUUCAUAAGUUAUUGUAUCCUUUAUUUGUUUCUCAUAAUUCCACGUACAUACAAAAUAUUAUGUUAAACUCACACACUAAUAUAUAUAACACAAAAGCCGAAAUUCUGUAUAGUUCAAGAUUAGCUCAGAAUUGAA